AUGGCUGAGCUCCGUAAUUGGUGUAGGGGAGAGGCCAUUAACCCUGAGUACGCUCUGUUAGUGAAGGAUAUUCCUGAAGAUGCAGAGAUUACUCUCAUUGAAGAGACUUUGCAAUCCAUCAAGGCUCUGGGACGAGUUAGAGUGCGGGGACGAAGGUAUGAUCCCCAGACUCAACAUCUGAUGGCUCUGUGUGAAUGCUGUGAGCGAGUAAAUGUCAAGGCAAUUCCCUUGGAUGUGUUGCCACAGGGCAGUGACCAGCCAUGGAGAAUCUUAGGAGUCUCAGAUGAGGUUGCUGGAAGUCAACAAUCUUCUGAGUCUGAAGAGAACACAAAGGUGCCCCUCCAAGCCUGUUCUCCUGAAGCAAUCAUCCGUGCUGUUGGGGACUUGAUGGAGAGGCAAGGCAGACUGUCUGUGGAUAGCAAUGUGUAUAGGAGGCUACGCACUUUCUCAGGGGUUGUCCCGACCCCACUGGGUGAGGAACAGCUUGAAAACUGGCUAGAGCAAGCACGUCUCAUGGUGGAUAACUGUGAGAGGCCAGACAGAGAAAAGAGGCUAAAGAUUAUAGAGAGUUUGAAGGGUCCAGCAGCGGAGAUUGCUCGGGCAGUUCGAUUUAGCAACCCUGAUGCAUCUUCGGAAGAGUAUAUUGAGGCUAUUCAACAUACUUUUGGGUCUGCUGAGACUGGCGAGGAACUCUACUUUGCAUUCAGGCUUCUGUGUCAGCAUCCAGGGGAGAGGCUCUCUGAGUUUCUUCGAAGAAUUGAGAGAACUCUGAGCAGAGUCAUACAGAAAGGAGAUCUUGCAGCAAAGGAUGCAAACGCCGCUCGCCUAGAUCAGAUCAUCAAGGGAGCUGUAGGAGCCGACAUGAUGCUUUUGAAUCUUAGAUUGAGAGAGCGACGAGACAACCCACCUGAUUUCUUACAACUGUUGAGUGAGAUUCGCACUGAAGAGGGAUAUGAAGCAUCUCGACAGAAACUGAAGUCCACAGUGAAGCCUGUCCGGGCCAAAACUGUAGUGGCACAUGCGGACAGUGGAAUGCAAGAGCUCCAAGCUGAAGUGAAAGCUUUGAAGCUUCAGUUAGCUGAAUGUUCUGCUCUGCUCCCUGCUCAUCCUGUGGUGGUCCAGAAGUCCAGCAUGGUAACAACUGACUCCACUGAACAUCCAGAGGAUAAUAGGGAUGUGAAAGCCCUGAAAAAAGAGGAGAUUGGGGAGUGGCAAGAGUUCUCUUCUGAGAACAUCAAGGCUCUUUGCAAACAGAUUCGCUGUGGAUCGGAGAAGUCGGCAGAGCUCAUCAAGGACCGGUUUUACUGGCCAAAGAUGAGUGCGGAUAUUGAGGAGUAUGUCCGGAAUUGUGGCAGGUGCAUUGCACGCAAGACUCUUCCUCAGAGGGCAGCUUCACUGAACAAAAUUACAACCUUUCCAGCAAAAGACCAGAAAGCUUCAACUGUUGCUAGAGUACUGUUUGAGAAGUACUUUGUGCACUAUGGACUCCCUGCUUGCAUUCACUCUGAUCAGGAGCGUGACUUUGAGUCGAAGCUGAUCCGUGAUCUUGGGCAUCCGCAAGUCCCGCACGACACCCUACCACCCUCAGGGAGAUCCCCAACCAGAGAGAUUCAAUAG